AUGAAAUCAUCAACGUCAGUAUCAGGAAUAGGCGAUUCUACCUUUGUCACGGAUGGAGUUUCGGUCAACGUCAGUCUGCACUCUCGCUCAUCGGAAUACUCAACUCUCAUCACCGCUGUCGUAGCCUCUAGCAUAACCGACCGGCAGCCGAGCUUCGGAAUAGACACUUGCAACUGGAAUAUUCCAGCAAAUCUGCCACUAGCUGAUCCAGAGUUCUAUAGACCGCAGCGUGUUGAUCUUCUAAUUGGCGCCAGCUUGUUUAACGAACUCCUCUGUGUUGGCCAGGUCAAGCUAUUGCCAGGAUUGCCCUCAAUUCAGAAGACUCGCUUGGGAUGGGUCAUAUCUGGAGGUUGUUCCCGGGUAAAGAAGGGGUCCUCUUUAAUGGUUUCGCGCGCCCCGGCCGUAGCUGCGGAGGAUAACCUAGACGAGAGACUUGAGUUCCUGUUGCGACGGUUUUGGGAGGUAGAGAAUUGCAUCGAACCCAUAGUAAAUUCUACCAAAGAAGAGCUAGACUGUGAAGCUCACUUUGUGCAGCAUUUCCGCCGAUUGCAAACCGGCGAUUAUUGUGUUAGGCUGCCCGCAAAAUACAAUCUGGAUCUCUUGGGAGAAUCGUACCAUCAAACUCUUCGAAGGUUCUUAUCCCUUGAACGGAAGUUAGAUCGCCGUCCUGAUGUAAAAUCUCUGUAUGCUGCUUUCAUAAAAGAGUACCUUGAUCUAGGUCAUAUGUCCUUGGUUCCUGCCGAGUCAAUCAGCUCCUGCCGAUAUUUUUUGCCUCACCAUUGCGUCACAAAGGAAGAUAGUUCUACAACCAAGCUUCGGGUCGUUUUCGAUGGAUCUGCAUCAACAUCAUCUGGUUAUUUCCUGAACGACGUUUUAAUGGCCGGUCCUGUAAUCCAACCGAAGCUUUUCCAUAUUUUUACUCGAUUUCGGUCACAUGCAGUUGCGAUUACGGGUGAUAUUUGCAAGAUGUACCGAUGUGUCAGGGUCUCAUCUGAGGACAGUAACUUGCAGUGUAUUCUAUGGAGGAAUUCCAUGCAAGAGGAGUUGCGUGUGUUCAAGCUGGACACCGUUACUUAUGGUACGAAGCCUGCCUCUUAUUUAUCUGUGCGGGCGAUGCAUCAGCUGGCAAUGGAUGAACAGACAGCGUUUCCUAUUGGGAUUGAGAUUCUUCGGCGUGACUUCUACGUUGAUGACCUAAUAUCUGGAGCCAGCUCUCCGGAGGAGGCUAUCCGCAUUCGUGAGCAAACUGCAGGAAUUUUGAGUAGAGGCCAGUUCCGACUGAGGAAAUGGUGUUCGAACGUCCCUGCUGUCCUCGAUGGGGUUCCGGAGGAGGACAAGGAAACUUAUUUGAAGUUCGACGAUGGCAGUGAUUUUACCAAAACACUGGGACUUGCCUGGGAUCCUGUGCCUGAUCAACUUUUAUUCUCCUCUUCUGCCCUACAUUAG